UCCCCGUUCGGGUUCCGGCAGAGCCGAGCCCGGGCGCCCCCGUCGCCGAUCUUUAUAAAGGAGAAAUUCCGUUCCCACGCGCAACGAACCAAACAAACAAACAGCCCACACGGCACCGUCGACCAGCACACGCAACGCCACCCCCGAGCCCUGACCCGCGCCGCGCACUUGGCGCCGGGGCGUCGUGUCGUCGUCUCGGUAGUCAGGAGGGAAGGGAGUGAGAGACGCCGAGGCCAUGGAUUUCUACUACCAGCAGGCCGCGCCGACGACGGCGAGGAGGCCGUGGGCCAAGGAGGAGGACAAGACGUUCGAGGCCGCGCUGGUGGCGUUCCCGGACCACGCGCCCGACCGGUGGGAGCGCGUCGCGGCGCGGCUCCCGGGCCGCACCCCGCAGGAGGCCUGGGAGCACUACCAGGCGCUCGUGGCCGACGUCGACCUCAUCGAGCGCGGCGCGGUGGACACGCCCGACUGCUGGGACGACGACGACGGCUGCACAGCCGUGGCCGCACCCGGCCGCCGCGCCGGCAAGCCCCGCCGCGAGGAGCGCCGCCGCGGCAUACCCUGGUCCGAGGAAGAGCACAAGCUGUUCCUUGACGGGCUGGACAAGUACGGGCGGGGCGACUGGAGGAACAUCUCGAGGUUCGCGGUUCGGAGCCGGACGCCGACGCAGGUGGCCAGCCACGCGCAGAAGUACUUCAUCCGCCAGGCCAGCGCCGCCACGCGCGACUCCAAGCGCAAGAGCAUCCACGACAUCACCACCCCUUAGACUUGACCAUCCAUCCAUCCAAGUCGACGGCGACCCACUCUCUUGUUUAAUCCCCACUGCUCCCAUAAUCUUAUCCUAGUACCGUACAUUACUUACAUGACGACGUGUACAUUAUAUCCUAAGUACCACCACUAGCAGUACUUAGCCUUAGUAAGCCUCCGACGAACAACUUGGCUCGGACCAGACGGAGGCUGUGGUUCCCGCCCCGCCCAGCAAAUGGUUUGGUGUCUAGCUAGAUUUUACUAUCAGGGUUGAACAACUAAUGGAGCUUGACGUGGCAAAAAAAAGAUCGUGUCUAGGUUAAGUCGAUGCGGAUGCAGGCGUCGCUGUUCCUACGGAUUAUGAUUCUGUUUCAUGGUGUCGGAGCUGGACUGGAUAAUAUUGUACAGUGACGUGUUCCAGUCCAGGACAUGAAUGACAUGUGUUGCCGGUGA